AGCAAAGCGACCUCGCCGUCGACAUCCGAUGCCUCGACGCUCCUGACCCCCCGCGACGCUGGCAACAUGGCGAACCCGGUAGGGGAGGACAACUGGGUCGAGUUCGUCGAUCACCAGCUGCGCGAGGCCGCCGACCUCGAGGGCCGCGUGCGCGUCAUCGAGGCCUUCCGCCGCGCCACGCUCGCCGAGCCCGGCAGCCUCAAGGUGUGGACCGCCUACUGCGAAUACUUCUGGUCGCUCUACACCGACUGCCAGCCCGGCAGCGACGCCGGCUGGCCGCCCGAGGAGCAGCAGAUCGGCCGCGAGACCUUCACGCUCGAUGCCGCCCUCAACCUGUGGCAGGAGGGCUACGAGGCCGUGCAAUACCGCCUCUCCGACAGCCACGAGCUCUGGAACCGCUGGGUGUCGCUCGAGAUGGAACUCCUGCGCCGCAACGUGACCGAGCCCGGCGUGCGCCGCAUCACCCACCUGUUCAAGAACCGCCUCGCCGUCCCCCACAUGACCUGGGAUGCCACCUCCCAGAUGUUCUCGAGCUUCCUUUCCGAGUACAAUCGGCAGGCCUACGAGAGCGAGAUGCUGCAGGUGACGAGGAACGCGCGGGACGCGAAGCGCUUGUGCGACAUGCGCGACCCCUGGGAGACGAAGCUCGCCCGCGCUGCCAAGGCGGGUGAUGCCGCUGCGCUGCGGGCCACCAUGUCCGAGUACCUCGACUGGGAGAUCCGGCUCGUCAAGUCCAAGAAGGACGCGCGGGACGUCGUCGUCAAUUUCCAGAUCUGCCUGGGCCUGUUUUCGCGCGCUCUGACGGGCCCCCUGGCCGCGGACGAGGACACCUGGCUCAACUUCAUUGUGCUGAUCUCCACCAGCCACACAGAGCUCAAGGCCGGCCGCUCCCCCGUGCCCGCCCGCCUGGUACCCAACAUGCUCGACGUGCUGCAACGCGCCGUGCGCCACAUCCCGUGGUCCGGCCCCAUCUGGGCGCGCUACAUCCUGACGGCCGAGGAGGCCGGCCUGUCCUUCACCGACAUCGAACGCAUCAAGCACGCUGCUACUGACAGCGCGCAACUGGACAGAGAGGGCAUGGCGAGCGUUCUCGACAUGUAUUCGGCCUGGUGCAGCUACCUGAAGCGCUCGGCCAUGAACCCAAACGCCACUGAGGAGGCCGUCGACGUGGCCGAGGUCGGCCUGCCGUCGGCGCUCGAGGACGUCAAGCACUGGGGGAAGCGCAAGUACGGCGACGCGUACCAGGGCGACCCCGACUAUCGGCUCGAGAAGAUCUUGAUCCAGUUCCUGACGGAGAAGAAGGACGACAUCGAGGGGGCGCGCGCCGUGUGGGAGCAGCUCUCCCAGGUCGAGCUGCACGCGAACAGCUACGACUUUUGGCUCAACUGGUACAUGUGGGAGAUGAUGGUCUUUGCCGCCAACAGAAGCAAGACACGAAGCCCAACUCCGGCGACGAUGGCCCAGGGGCUGCGGGUGCCCUCGUUUGCGACGCGGGUAUUCACCCGCGCGCUCAAGGUGCGCACAGUCGACUGGCCGGAGCGCCUCAUGGAGGUCUAUCUCAAGCACUGCAAUGACUACGAGCUCGCAGAGACGCUGCGGGAGGCGCAGGACACCAUCUACAAGACGCGCAAGGGCGUGGCCAAGCGCCGGCAGCGCGAAUCAGCGCAAGCCGCCGAAGCCGCGCAGGCUGCUCUGGCUGCACAGCAGCAGGCGGCACAGGCGGCAAACGCGGCGGACCAGCCCAUGACGGACCUUGCCGAUGCGAACUCGUCGCCCGGGUCCAAGCGGAAGCGCGAAGAGACGCCGGGCGAGGACGUCGGCGUCAGCAAGCGAUCCAAGAGCGAGACCCACAGCGAGGAGCUGAAGCGGGACCGAGAGAACACGUCGGUGUGGGUCAGCAACUUGCCGAGAGAUGCGACCCAGACCAAGCUGAAGCAGUUCUUCCGCGAGUUCGGGCACAUCAACAACAUCGUGAUCCAGAAACGGGACGAUGCUGCGGUUGCCCUGGUCGAGUUCCGCACGGCUGACGAUGCCAGAUCGGCGCUGCUGCGCGACAACAAGUACUUCGGCGACCACGUCGUGCAGGUGACGGCCGCCACCGACUGCACGCUCUUCGUCACCAACUACCCGCCCGAGGCGGACGAGCAGUACGUGCGGGACCUGUUCAAGAACUGCGGCGAGGUAUUCAGCAUCCGCUUCCCCAGCCUCAAGUACAACACCAAGCGCCGCUUCUGCUACGUGACCUUCCGCGACCGCGACGCCGCGGCGGCCGCCACCAAGCUCGACGGCAAGCCGCUGGAGUCAGGCAAGUACAAAUUGCUCGCCAAGUUCUCGGACCCGCUCGCGCGCCAGCAGCGUCACGGCGCCCAGGCUGAGGAGCGCGAGCUGCACGUCGUCAACCUGCCGCGGGGCACCUCCGAGGACGACGUGCGCGGCCUCUUCGCCAAGGCCGGCCGCGUCGUCAGCGUGCGCGUGCCGCGCAACAUGGCCGGCCAGUCCCACGGCACCGCCUUCGUCGUGAUGGAGACCAAGGCCGAGGCGCAAGAAGCCAUCCGCGCCCUCGACAAGCUCAUCUUCGGCCAGCACCCGAUCAAGGUCGAGCUCUCGCGCCCGCCCACCCACAAGGUCACUGCCACCGACCGCACCGCCCCGGCUGACGGCGCCGCUGCGCCGCCAUCGCCGCAACCACCACACUCACCCGCGCGGGACGCCCGCUCCCCCGCCUCCUCCUCCUCCGAACCGGCCCCCUCCGCGGACACCAACAACCCCACCGCGGCCGCCAUCGCCGCCCGCACCGUCGCCGUGCUCGGCGUGCCCGACACCGUGACCGUCGCCCGCCUGCGCGCCGUGCUGGCCGCGGCGCCCGGCAUGCCGCCCGACUCCAUCGCCAAGCUGGUGCUGCACCCGACGCACGGCGGCGCGCUGGUCGAGCUGGUCAGCGAGGCGGCCGCGGGCCGGGCCGCGCUCGCUUGGGAGGGGCUGGAAAUGCCCUUCGAGGGCGCAGGGGAUGGGCAGGGGCAGGAGCAGGAGCCCGGCAAGCCGCAGAAGAGGAGGCUGCGCACGGGCAAGCCGGCGGACCUCUCGGCUGCGGCUGCGGCUGCGGCUAACGGGACCGCGGCCCAGGGUGGUGGCCCCGCGGCUGUCGCCGGGAAGAGCAAUGCGGAUUUUAAGCGGAUGUUCUUGGGCGGCAGCGGCAGCGGGGAUGCUGCUGCAUCUACUGCUGCUGCAACUACUUCUGCUACUGCUGCUACUGCUACUCCGGGGGAACAGGACGGUCAAGAAGCGGGGGAGGGUGUGCUGCGGAACGGGAGCAGAGCGGAUUAAGCAAGCUGGUCGGUUCUCUUCUUAUUUUACUAUUGCCAUGUUACUACGCGGACAAGGGGGCGGGCAUGAAGGGGGACGCGCGCGCUCGCAUUGCAUCUCUUCUCUUAUUGCUGCUACUGCUGCUCCUCGGUCGGUCGGUCGGUCGGUCGGGCGGUCGGGCGGGCGGGAUGUAUGAUACCACCACUCAUGGAUGGAUGGAUGGAUGGAUGGAUGGAUGCUUCUCGUAUUUUGUUAAGGAGGGUGCUCGGUGUGCAAUGAAUACCCCUUGGCAUGGUGUGGUUGUCUCUUUAUUUUCUUCUGACCUGAGUUUGGGGGUGUGGGGAGGCUUGCAUGGUUACCGC